GGGGGCCUCCGGUGGCAGCCAGGGUGAUCACAGGGCCCCUUGGUGGCCGUGCCGCAGGCAGAACAUGGGAGGCUGGUUCUGGCACCUCUGAGCUUCAGCCCCAGGUUCCUCAGGGCCGAGAGCUCCUGGGCUUUGCUCUGAGUUUCCUUUCCUUGCAGAGCGGUGGCGUCCACACCCUCCGUGAGGGGCGGUCUCUGGAGGAGGGGAGACCGUGCAGUAGGGGGCCUCCAGCAUCCCUUUCAGUGUCUGCCUUCCUGCGUGCUCCUCGCUGAGACCAAGCCUGAAUUUCAGGGGCAGGGGUGAACCUGGCCGGUUGCUGAGGCUUGCUGUUGGUCUCCUCAAAGCUUGCUGCCGCGCCCUGCACCUGCCGGGCCCCUGUGCUAGGAUGUCCUCCGUCUGCCCUUGGCAGCCUUGCCCCCCCACCCUGGGGAAAUGCGAUCCUCCAACUUGGCAGGAGAGAAACUGAGGCUGAGAGAGGUCAGGUGACCCCACUCGUUCACGCAUCCGAGGCCUCUGCCAGGCCUGGGGCUGGCACUGCCCAUGAGGAGGUUAAUGAGAGAAGCUUCUUACAAGAGAGCUUGUGGCCCAAGGAGGGCUGCUGGGAAGAGCAGAGGUGUUCCUGCCUUUGAGCUCCUCUGGCCAUAUUUUAUUUUAUUUUCUGAGUAGGGCCUGAGGACCUGUGCAUUUUUAAUUUUUAUUUAUUGAAGGACAGUUGAUUUACAAUGCUGUGUUAGUUUCUGGUGUACAGCAAAGUGAUUCAGUUAUAGAUACGGAUGAUUCUUUUUUUUAGUAUAAACUUUAUUGUCUGUGUGGGGUCUUUGUUGCUGCGUGCAGGCUUUCUCUAGUUGCAGAGAGCGGGGGCUGCUCCUCGUUGCGGUGUGCAGGCUUCUCAUUGUGGCGGCUUCUCGUUGCAGAGCACAGGCUCUAGGUGUGUGGGCUUCAGUAGUUGCAGCACGCGGGCUCAGUAGUUGUGGCUCGCGGGCUCUGGAGUGCAGUUUCAGUAGUUGUGGUGCACUGGCUUAGUUGCUCUGCAGCAUGCGGGAUCUUCCUGGACCAGGGAUUGAACCCUUGCCCCCUGCAUUGGCAGGCGGAUUCUUAACCGCUGCGCCACCAGGGAAGCGCCACGUCUUCUUUAUCUAUUCAUGUGUUGAUAGGCAUUUAGGUUUUUCCAUGUGUUGGCUAUUGUGAAUAGUGCUGCUGUGAACAUAGGGGUGCAGAUAUCUUUUUGAAUGAUGGUUUUCUCCAGAUAUAUGCCCAGGAGUGGGACUGCAGGAUCACAUGGCACCUCUAUUUCUAGUUUUUUGAGGAACCUCCAUGCUGUUCUCCAUAGUGCCUCUGGCCAUAUUUUAAAACGCUGGGAGGUUUCUGGGAGAGACCCCUUGGGGUGGCUCCUGGCCGUCCAGUCUCUUGGGGUGGGGCUGGUGAUCAUGUGACAUCAGAGGCAGUUUGCUCUGCAGCAACUGUGGGCUGCAGGCUGCACUGCCGCGCGCGCAGUGCUCCGCCCCCCCCGCAGGAGGCAGGCAUUCUCUCGUGUUUAUGGGCAGGAAAAUGCUCUUCACUGGGAAAGGCAGCAUGAAAUCAGGCCCGAUUCUUAAUCGUCACAAUGAUAACAAUAAGUUGCAGCUGAUAUGUAUUUCUGGCCAAGACACUCAGCACUUUGUAUAGACUAAGGUCACACAGCUGGAGCUGACAGAGCUGGGAUUUGAAGAGCGCCAAUUUGCUGACCACAAGGCUGUUGGGGUGAUCAGUCAGGAUUUGUUUUGGCUGCAAGAGACAGAAAUCCUCCUCCCAAUAACAGUUUAAACGGAAGGAAGCCUGGGGGUGAGCAGCUCAGGGCUUCCUCAGCACUCGGGAAGAAAGGUGGGUGCUAUGGAACAGGAUGAGAGGCUCGCCCGGUUCCGGCAGGCCCACCUCAACCCCUUCAACAAGCAGCUCGGGCCCAGGCAGCAUGAGCGGAGGGCAGGCGAGGAGGCCCCGGACAUCGCUUCUGAAGAGGCCCUGCCCGAGCUGCCCCCUGGGGAGCCGGAGUUCCGCUGCCCGGAGCGCGUGAUGGAUCUUGGCCUGUCUGAGGACCACUUUGCCCGACCCGUGGGCCUGUUCCUGGCCUCUGACGUGCAGCAGCUGCGGCGGGCCAUCCAGGAGUGCAAGCAGGUGAUCCUGGAGCUGCCCGAGCACUCGGAGAAGCAGAAGGACGCCGUGGUGCGGCUCAUCCACCUGCGGCUGAAGCUGCAGGAGCUGAAGGACCCCAGUGAGGAUGAGCCCAACAUCCGGGUGCUUCUCGAGCACCGCUUCUACAAGGAGAAGAGCAAGAGUGUGAAGCAAACCUGUGACAAGUGUAACACCGUCAUCUGGGGUCUCAUUCAGACCUGGUACACCUGCACAGGGUGUUAUUACCGCUGCCACAGCAAGUGUUUGAACCUCAUCUCCAAGCCCUGCGUGCGGUCCAAAGUCAGCCACCAGGCCGAGUACGAGCUGAACAUCUGCCCCGAGGCAGGGCUGGACAGCCAAGAUUACCGCUGUGCCGAGUGCCGGGCGCCCAUCUCUCUGCGGGGCGUGCCCAGCGAGGCCCGGCAGUGCGACUACACCGGCCAGUACUACUGCAGCCACUGCCACUGGAACGACCUGGCCGUCAUCCCAGCGCGUGUGGUGCACAACUGGGACUUUGAGCCGCGCAAGGUGUCCCGCGGCAGCAUGCGCUACCUGGCGCUGAUGGUGUCGAGGCCGGUGCUCCGGCUCCGGGAGAUCAACCCUCUUCUGUUCAACUUCGUGGAGGAGCUGGUGGAGAUCCGGAAGCUGCGUCAGGACAUAUUGCUCAUGAAGCCGUAUUUCAUCACCUGCAAGGAGGCCAUGGCGGCCCGUCUGCUCCUGCAGCUCCAGGACCGGCAGCACUUUGUGGAGAACGACGAGAUGUACUCCGUGCAGGACCUGCUGGACGCGCACACGGGCCGCCUGGGCUGCUCCCUGGCUGAGACCCACACGCUCUUUGCCAAGCACAUCAAGCUGGACUGCGAGCGGUGCCAGGCCAAGGGCUUUGUGUGUGAGCUCUGCAGAGAGGGCGACGUGCUCUUCCCCUUCGACAGCCACACGUCGGUGUGUGCCGACUGCGCUGCCGUCUUCCACAGUACUUAGGUUCAAACUAAGCAUUUAUGUCCUGAAGACUCGUGGAUGUUUGGGAGAAUGACACACGUGAAUCAAGAGAGAGGUUCGCAUUCCUUUAGCACAGCUGCCCGUAGGUGCCCCGCACGGCUCCUCGCACUGGGCUCCAGUGGAACCUGCCACACAGUCUCUGCUCACGCUGGUCUUCCCUGGAACUCGGCGU